ACAUCUUAUUUCACCGGCAUUGGGUCGAAAUAUAAAAGCCAUUCAAGUUUCCUUUACUUUAUAAAGUGUAAACCAAGCAUAUGAACUUUGUUAAAAAUAUUUGAAAAAUCUGGUCAAUAUUUUUGCGGCUUCCGUUACAUUCCCUUUUAAAACAGUCUUGAAAGAGACACGGUGACCACAGCAGCCCUGGGACGCCGCCGGGGGGGAGUCUGCCUGAUUUCUCUCCGUACCACGCAGGAACCCGACACCGGUAGUCAAGGGGAGACUAAACCAUGUCGUCGCCGGGGAUGGACGAAGCAUCCUCCCUCCAGUUAUGCAGGAUUAUGCUGCCAGAUGACGCCAAUAUUAUGGGUAACGUUCACGGCGGCAUCAUCCUCAAGAUGAUCGAAGAAGCUGGAAGCAUCGUCGGCACGAGACACUGCAACACACAGAAUGGAGACCAAUGUUUAGCAGCUCUGGUUCGGGUGGAGAAGACGGAGUUUCUGUCGCCUGUGUUCAUCGGCGAGGUGGUCCACGUUUCCGCCGAGAUCACUUACACGUCCAAGCACUCGCUGGAGGUUCAGGUCAAAGUCAUAGCUGAAAACAUCUUGACAGGUGCAAAAAAGCUGGCCAACAAGGCAGCGCUGUGGUACGUCCCCUGUUCUCUGCAGAAUGUUGACAAGGUCACGGAGGUGCCUCCUAUUGAGUAUGCUAGUGCAGAGAAGGAAGAAGAAGGCAGGAAGCGCUACGAAGCACAGAAAAUUGAAAGAAUGGAGACCAAGGCGAGGGGUGAGGAGCCGAUGCCGCCUCGACCAAACCCAGAAAGGCACACGGUCGGCUUCAGCCAAUCCAGCCUGAUCCAUUUGGUGGGGCCUUCAGACUGCACACUAGAUGGCUUUGUUUAUGGUGGUGUAGCCAUGAAACUGAUGGACGAGGUUGCUGGAAUUGUUGCCGCUCGGCACUGCAACACAAACAUCGUCACUGCUUCUGUGGAUGCCAUCAACUUUCAUCGCAAGAUUAGGAAAGGUUGCGUGCUGACGGUGACGGGCCGACUCACGUUUGUCAGCAACAGGUCUAUGGAAAUAGAAGUGCUGGUGGACGCCGAUUCGCUGGUGGAGAGGCAGAUAGGGAAAUAUCGUGCUGUCUCAGCCUUCUUCACUUUCAUCUCGCUUGACAAGGAAAAUAAACCGCUAAAUGUCCCACCUCUAAAGAUUGAAGGAGACGACGAGCAGAAACGUUUUGAAGAGGGCAAGUCACGUUACCUCCAGAACAAAGCACGGAGACUUGCGGAAAAGGAGCGUCAGCAGUGACUCUGUGGCUCAGCAGAAUCAAAACCUACACAGUAAACACGUGUUAUGAUGGA